AUGGUAAACACGCAAUCCAAAGUCGAUACAUUAGAAGAACAGAAUUCCAAACUUAUACCUGAGAUUGCCGAGCUUAGAAAGGAGAAUGCGAAGCUGAAGCAGCUUAUCGAGGAGAAUGAAAAGCGCGAUGUUAGAGUCGAGGAAUUAGAGCAAAAGAAGAUAGAGCUUGAGACUAGGCUCGCUAUAUUAGAACAGGGAAAAGAAGAAAAAAGUAUUUCUAUUGCAGAGCAAUGGCUCUUCAAGUCUACGGAAGAUGUCUCGCACUCUCCAGUAAAAUCUAGCGAUACUCUCAAACAGAUUGUGCUACAAUGUGAUAAUACCCCGGUAUCUGAUAUAACCGAUGACACCUCUGAACAGGCUGUCUUGCAAAAUAAGGAUGCUCCGGAAUCUGAUGUAUCCAAUAAUGUUUCAAAUUCUGAUGAAUACACGUAUCAGUCUCGAGUCUCCGAUUCAUCUUUGAAUAUACCACCUAUAUGUGCAAAGUCUAAAUCAAAGACGUACAUUCGUAGUGCUUGGAAAAAUUUAAAUAGUUUAAGCGAACUUGACGAGUUAGCUGAGGCUCUGGACGCUCUUAUAUCCAUGUCUCAUGAGGAAAAUGAAUUUAUUGAGUUAAUCACAGUCAUAGUGGAUGUACUAUCAGAAGCACCCAUGGCAUCGGCUUUCCUUUGUCAUAUAAUUGAUAGUGCUGCACUUCCAUCCAAAGAAACAUCUCACAAGAUAACAACAAGGCUCCUUCAAAAGUUAAAACCAGGUGGUAUAUACCGCACAAAACCUAAGAAGCGCACUCGAGUGAACGCUGCUAUUAUUUGGAGUGUACUUGCCGAGAAAUUAGCAGGCGAGAUAAGUUUAUCUCUGUUUACGGACAACGUGUGCAAUACGCUGCUUGAUUAUCUACAAUCAGAUUUGGACUUUAGCGUUCGGUUGUUUGCUUUGAUAGCUCUUGAGAAAUUUGCAAUGACCGGACAGAACAAGAACAAAAUUAUCACAUCUGGUAGGGAUAUGCAGAAGACUCUACAAAACAUAGCCGAGGAAUUACAUCUUGGCGAAAGCUCGGCUGACGAUAUGAAUCGUCGGAGGCAAUUAAAGUUCUGUGUCGAAUGGGCAAUGAAAAACACAUUCGAUUAUGGCAAGCAGGUGGCUUGCGAUUACGAUGAUGGUCCGCCGAAUUUGGAUAUUAACGUCGUACUAAAUCCAUUAGAUGCAACCGCACAUUGGAAGAUAUCACCGAAUGGAUUGGAAAUACGAAAUGACAAUUCAACGUUCGAAUCAAUUCGUGCCACAAUCAAUGUCACCGCGGGGAAGUGGUUCUACGAAGUAACGAUACUAACAAACGGGAUCAUGCAAAUCGGAUAUGCUACAAAACUUUGCAUGUUUGGACCAGAGGAAGGGACAGGGGUUGGCGAUGAUCAGUAUGGAUUUGCGUACGAUGGAUGUAGGAACGUUCUUUGGGCUAAUGGCGUUUCUCAGGAGUAUGGUGGCAAAGAGUCGUGGAAACCGGGUGACGUGAUUGGUGUCUACAUAGAUGUCAGUCUUAGUUGUGUCCGAUUUUUCCUGAAUGGAAAAGACCUAGGUGUGAACUAUCCUCUGACCUUAAACCAUUUUCGAAGAUUAGCGGAAAAUGGACUGUAUCCUACUUUGUCAUUCACAUCCUAUCAACAGGCAGUCGUUAACUUUGGAGCGAAAAAGUUUAGAUACCCACCAUCGUCACUAUCGUAUGAGACUCUUAAUAGCGUUGGGCGGUUAUCUUCAGAAUUACGUGAUUCAAUACAAAAAAGGAUUUGGCGAGCGUCUCGCUACCGAUCAAUGUCUCUAGAUAAUGACUGGAAACAACAAUUGGAGGCUGCUGAUGAAGAGAACUUUGAUGCUCAGUGUUCUAUAUGUUUUGCCAUGCCCCGCGAAAUUGUGUUAAGUCCUUGUAAUCACGAUGGGUUCUGUGCAGAAUGUGCCAAAAUGAUGCAUUCGUGUCCGUUCUGUAGGACGCCAAUAUCUUUCAGACGACCAAUGACUAGCGAUCAAACAGAGUUACCGCGCACUCCUACCAAACUCUCGAUGUCGUCGACAUCUGGUUCAUCCUCCCUUUCAUCACCAUCCACUGCUAUUGUUCUACCACCAACACCACCACACUCACGUCCCGCUUCAUCAAUUACCUCAUGGGAGCCAGACACAUUGCAUGGAUUGGAUUCAUAG